AUGUCAACACCAUUCCAAUAUCGCCCCUUAACAGAGUCUGGGGAGAUUAGGGUCUUCUCUCUUGAUCCCUCACCAAAUCGAGCAGCGGUUCUGAAGGGCUCGUUCCAACAUAUUGUACUUCCUAGACAAUAUUUUACUGACCACUAUGUUGCUCUAUCAUAUGUAUGGGGCGACAGCACAACCACUGAUACGAUUCUUGUCGAUGGCUAUAAAAUUGGAAUCGCUGCUAACCUCAGCGCCGCAUUAAGAGACAUUCGCAAUAAAACAAGGAUUCUCCGAAUAUGGAUUGACGCGUUAUGUAUUGACCAAAGGAACAUCCCCGAACGGAAUCGACAAGUCGCUCUAAUGGGUGAUAUCUACUCUACUGCAGGUAGCACGAUAAUCUACCUUGGUCCAUUAAGCCCUGAUGCCCAGCUUAUUCUUCAACGACUACGCGGAGGAAUGUUUAGAAGUUUUGACAAUACUAGUAGUAUAAAUUCAGCUUCUGUACAUAAACAGGACUUGGAAGAUGACAACCCCUCGAAAAAGAGUUUGGAUCUCGCUACAGCGUCAAGCCAACUGUUGGCCAGACCUUGGUUUCGUCGGGCUUGGACGUUUCAAGAAUUAGCCCUUUCGAGGGACCCUUGGUUUCAAUGCGGAUCAAGACUUGCGAGAUGGAUGGAUCUUUGCAACCUACUCCUCCCACUGCUAAGGCAGUGCCAAUCGGGAAUAGAGGUCGACUUGGCGCGUAUGAAGGAAGUUCACGAUGCCGUCCACGCGCGUAGCGAUACUGAUCGAGGAGCCUUGAGUCUAUGGCGGAUUCUAGAGAUCAGAGGAAGAGCUCAAGCGACUGACUCGAGAGACCUCAUAUAUGCAAAUAUGGGACUUCACUUGGACCGUCACGAGGUUAAAGAAUUUAUACAAAUCGACUAUAACAAGACAGCUCGGGAGAUCUUCAUAGAGGUUGGCCAUUACGUGAUUAAACAUGUUGGUUUUAAUCGAGCAUUAUCUAAUAUCGCCAACUCGCCUCUCAGGUCUAUUCUCCCAUCAUGGGUGCCUGACUGGGGUUUUGACGCCAAGUUAGGAUCCAUCAACGGCCAACAGGUCGAUAAGACAGAUCAUAGUCCUUUAACAUUAGAGAAGGAUGUGCUCUUAAUCAAAUCUAAAAACCCUCCACUGGUUGUCAUUCACAUCAGCGAGAUUCUGCCACCCCCGAGGCCACCUCGGGAUAGCUGCAUGGACAAUAUGACAAUAAUAGGGGGUAGUGUCUAUUUCACGAAACUCUCACAUAAACCAAUCAGAUAUUCAGUUCCAAAAUUAUGGUCGGAGUUCACUUGGUUACGGAGUGUACUCGAAGAUGGAGGCUCGCGCCCUGUUGAUUGGUUAGAUAGUGUUAGUGAUGAUAACGCUUGUGAACUAAUAUUGAAGCUCUAUAAUAAGGAUAUACAUGAUCCUAGAAGCUCCUGCCGACUGGCCUUACUCGAUAACUCAAUAGCAACUAUUGUUAAUGAGAAGGUGCGCGCGGGGGAUAGCAUUGUUAAAUUGGAGAGCAUCCAUUUCUAUCAGGGGGAAAGAUUUCGUACAAGCGAGCAGGAAAUCCCGGCGCGAAUUGUCGUUCGAAAAUUGGAGUCGGAUUUCCCCUCUGAACUUGACAGUAGGAUUGUUGCUAUGCUUCCCUCAGACGAUAAAUAUAUCGGACGACGUCAACAUUGCCGUCUAAUAGCUCCUCAGGCAAUACGCAUUGAAGAAACGACACUUGAGCAAGAAACUUUAUUAAUCCUCCACUGA